AUGGCCAAAGUGUGGCCUUAUCCAAUCAAAGCAGCGGUUUUCGAUUGUGAUGGCGUUCUUCUUGAUACAAUCCCAAUAUAUCGUAAAGUAAACAGUAUUAUCAUUGGAGAAGAGUAUCCAGAUUGGCUUUUUAACCUCAAUAAUGGCCGAACAGAUAUUGAAUCAUGCAGAAACAUAAUCAACCACUACAAACUUAAUUUGACACCAGAAGAAAUGGUCAAACUUCGUUUCCAAUAUCUUGAUAAAAUGUUCCCAGAAUGCUCACUUGUCCCUGGAGUAGAAAGGAUCGUCAAAACUCUUAAACAGAUCGGAUUAAAGCUAGGUAUUGCUACAAGUUCUUUAAGACACGAUUAUGAAAACAAAAUUCAAAAUCACAGAGACUUUGAAAAGUAUUUUGAUUAUAUACUUUGUGGUGAUGAAGUUUCACAUGCCAAACCAGAUCCCGAAAUCUUCCAAAAAGCUGCAGCACAUAUCUGUGAUUUUCCACCCGAAAAUGUUCUAGUUUUUGAAGAUGCUGCAUCAGGAAUUAAAGCAGCAAACUCAGCAAAUAUGCCAUCAGUUCUCUUAUGGAGACAAACUGUUAAACCUGAUGAAUCCCUAAAUAAACUUGAAGCGAAGCCAACACUUAUCAUUAAUUCAUUUGAUGAUUUCAAUUUCGAAUCAUUCGAUUUUGAGACAAAAUAA